ACAUGCAAGAAAAGGUGGCGAAUGCAUGGCUUUGACAGCCAUCUUCUUCACAUUAUAAUGAACACCCCAAUUAGCCCUAUUUCAACUCAACGUUAUUCUUAGCGAAAUGAUGAUCGAUCAGUCUCUCACCCAAGUUGUUGGAGGCAUCAAAGAACUCGCCCAACUUCUUGAAACCGAUUUGAAGCAUGGCAUCGGCGACAACAACAAGGAUGACAUUGAUCACCGAAAACGUGUCUUCGGUGUCAACAUGCUCACGAAGCCUCCUUCCAAAUGCUUUCUUUCUUUUGUCCUUGAAUCUUUUAACGACACCACCAUCAUCAUUCUCUUGGUUUGUUCUUUACUUUCUCUUUUCUUUGGGAUCAAGCAACAUGGUUGGAAGGAGGGAUGGUACGAUGGAGGUAGCAUCAUAUUAGCGGUUAUUCUUGUCAUUGCUGUCUCUUCUGUCAGCAACUUUAACCAAUCUAAACAGUUCCAGAAGCUUUCUGCGAAAAGUAACAACAUGGGAGGAGUGGAAGUAGUACGAGGUGGUCGGCGACAAAGCAUAUCAACCUUUGACGUGGUCGUGGGUGACAUCGUGUGCUUGAAGGUCGGUGAUCAGGUUCCAGCAGAUGGGGUUUUUUUGGAGGGACAUUCGUUGAAGGUGGAUGAAUCUAGAAUGACGGGGGAGAGUGACCACGUGCAUGUGCAUGCGAAUGGUGAAAUUGAAAAAAACCCUUUUUUAUUAUUAUCUGCAGGCACAAAGGUCACCGAUGGAUUUGCACGCAUGCUUGUUACUUCUGUGGGAAUGAAUACUGCAUGGGGUACCAUGAUGGGUUUCAUAACCAAUAAAGAGGUUAAUAAUGAGGAGACACCUUUGCAAGUGCGUCUCAAUAAGUUGACUUCUGCUAUUGGAAAGGUUGGGUUGUUGGUGGCUGCACUUGUCUUGGUGGUGUCUAUGGCACGUUACUUCGCGGGUUGCACGAGAGAUGACUUUGGGAACCGUGAAUUUGUUCGGGGAAGGACCGAGUCUGAUGAUGUUGUGAAUGCGGUUGUGGCGAUUGUUGCCGCGGCGGUGACAAUUGUGGUGGUGGCGAUCCCUGAAGGGUUGCCGCUUGCUGUUACUCUGAGUCUGGCUUUUUCCAUGAAGAAGAUGAUGAGGGACAAUGCCAUGGUUAGGAGAAUCUCUGCCUGUGAGACGAUGGGAUCAGCAACAACAAUCUGCACUGAUAAAACAGGUACACUUACGUUGAAUGAGAUGAAGGUGACAGAGGUGUGGGUGGGGAAAAGGAAAAUAAAAGCGGAUCAGGAAGAAGAUUUGGCACCGAGUUUAGUCCAAUUGCUGAAAGAAGGAAUAGGAUUGAAUACCACUGGAAGCGUUUAUUUUCAUCCCCACCAAACUUCUUCAUCAUUGCCUGAAAUUUCAGGUAGCCCUACUGAAAAAGCGUUGCUUUCCUGGGCUGUGGAGGAUUUGGGGAUGGGCGACAUCGAUGAAGUGAAGCAGCAUUGUGAGAUAAUUCAUGUGGAGACAUUCAACUCUGAGAAAAAGAGAAGUGGGAUUCUGAUGAGGGAGAAGAGAGGAAGAAGCAACAGCAGCAACAACAGGGUCCAUACACACUGGAAGGGUGCUGCUGAGAUGAUAUUGCGCAUGUGCUCAACUUACUACGACCAUACAGGGCAAAUCAUAAUCAUUGAUGAUGAAGAGAGGGCUCAAAUAGAGAACAUUGUCGAGUGCAUGGCAACGAAAAGUUUGAGAUGCAUUGCCUUUGCCCAAAAGAGCUUAUUAUGCGAAAAACUUGAACUUGAAGAGACAGAACUCACACUGUUGGGGAUACUUGGGUUGAAAGACCCUUGUAGGCCAGGAGUUGGAGCAGCAGUUGAAUCGUGCAAGAAUGCUGGAGUGAAGAUUAAGAUGAUUACAGGAGAUAAUGCGCACACAGCAAGGGCCAUAGCCUCUGAAUGUGGGAUUCUUGAUGAUGAAUUGGAUGAUGAUCAAGCAGCAGUGGUUGAAGGCUUUCAAUUCAGAAAUUUCUCACAUGAGGAAAGAAUGGAUAAGAUUGAUAGAAUCAAAGUCAUGGCCAGAUCAUCUCCAUCUGACAAGCUUCUGAUGGUUCAAUGUUUGAAGCAGAAGGGUCAUGUGGUGGCAGUCACAGGUGAUGGCACAAAUGACGCACCUGCUCUGAAGGAAGCUGAUAUUGGACUUUCCAUGGGAAUACAAGGCACUGACGUGGCAAAGGAGAGCUCAGACAUUGUUAUCCUUGAUGACAAUUUCUCUUCUGUGGUCACUGUAUUGGAGCGGGGGAGAUGUGUGUACGCAAACAUUCAAAAGUUCAUUCAGUUUCAGCUCACAGUCAAUGUUGCUGCACUUGCCAUCAACUUUGUAGCUGCAGUUUCUUCUGGUAAAGUGUCUCUUUCAGCUGUCCAGCUUCUGUGGGUAAACCUGGUAAUGGAUACUCUUGGAGCUUUGGCCUUGGCCACUGAGCAACCAACUAAUGAUCUCAUGAAUAUGCCACCUGUGGGAAGAGUUGACCCACUUAUAACUAGAGUUAUGUGGAGGAACCUCAUUUCACAAGCAGUGUAUCAAGUGCUUGUCUUGCUCACUUUACAAUUCGAGGGAAGAUCAUCAAUCUUUGGUGGUGUCAAUGAGAAGGUGAAGAACACUAUGAUUUUCAAUGCUUUUGUCCUCUGCCAAGUCUUCAAUGAGUUCAACGCAAGGAAGCUGGAGACGAAGAACAUAUUUGAAGGGCUUGGUAAAAAUAAGUUGUUCAUGGUAAUUGUGGGCCUAACUGUAGUUCUUCAGCUAGUGAUGGUUGAGUUUCUCAACAAGUUUGCCAAUACUGAGAGAUUGACUUGGGAGCAAUGGUGUGUGUGUGUUGCCAUUGGAGUUUUGUCUUGGCCAAUUGGUCUGCUGGUGAAGUGUCUCCCAGUUCGCAACAAGUGUCUCCCAAUUGUUACUGACUUAAGGUCAAUAGCAAGAAGAAAAUGAGCCUGAAUGCUUCCACCUGAAGAAUCAUCUUGUAAAAUGAGCUCUUAUCCAUAUCUCCAACAAGUGCAAAAAAAUUUAAAAUAAUAGCAAAAGCCAUUCGAUGAUAAAAAAAAAACCAUUGGGAUUUUUCAUGGAAGGCUAACCAUAUUUAUCUAUACUCGGUUGCACAAUCAUUUAGCUUAUCCAUUUGUCUUGUUCUAUUUUGGACAACUUCUAUUAAUUGGAUUGGAAUUUGGAAUCUUGUUUGUGGAAUUAAAUUCCACUUGUUUACUUUGCUACUAGUUGGACAAUUAUGAACGUAAUUUUUCUUCA